GCUACUCUCUCCUUCUGUGCUGUGCCUCUAGUUGGUUAGUUCGCCUCUCAAAUACCAAUAACAGCCUCUUAGCUUUCCUCUGCAAUAUCAUCUCAAACAAACCCAUCAAAACCACUCAAAAAUCCCCAAAAUUCGACCUCAAUUAGCUCAAUUUCCAUUUCCAAUUUCAAUUCCCAUGUCUCUCAUCUGAUACUCAGUGAUCUUGCCUUUUUUUAUGUUUUCCUUGGUCAGCAUGAAGGGAGAGCUAGCUUCUGUGGUUGGAGUUCAGUCCCAGCAUGCUGGCUUGCUUGGUCUUAACCAUGGUGUUCCAAUUGAUACACAAUCGCAGCCGGAGGCAUCUGAGGAUGUUAACUGUAAGAGAUUCAAAGUUGCUAAGGUAAAUGGUUUCAUUGUUUAUUCUAGAGUGAAGAGGGGUAGAGCUAGUGAAUGUGAUAAAAUCAGUGAGGAUGUACAAAAUAAAAGGAUUAAUACCCUAGAGGAGCCGCAAUUAGAUGUAACCAAUGGAAUAAAUACUUCAUUUGAUGAGGAUCGGAAGCGUCGAGUUGUUGAAACUGUAAUUCAAAAGAAUCAAGCAGUGGUUGGAACUGUAAGCCGACCUGCCCUAGAUGUAAGGAGAGACCAAUCUUUUUGCAAUGUCGAAUUGCGCGUCUAUAAAGAUGAACCAAUAAGUGAGCCUAGGCCAAUUCCAGUCAAGAAAGUGGGAAGUAAGAGGGUGCAAAAAUUGGUUGCUGAGGGUAAUGAGGUGAAGACCAACAAGCUGAGACGGUUGACACGGUCAACUUUGAACUUUAAGGUAGAGCCUGUGGAGGUCAAAGUUAAUGGAUUAGAAGCUAUUGACAGUGAAAUGUUUUCAAAAGUAGAUGUGGAGAUGAUAGCUGAAGGAAGCGCGUUGACCCCACCAAAGAAGAAUUUAGAAUUGAAAAUGUCAAAAAAGAUUGCAUUGGAUAAUGUGCCGAUGACAGUCAAGGAGCUUUUCGAGACUGGUUUGCUUGAGGGGGUUCCAGUUGUUUACAUGGGCGGCAAGAAGUUUCAGGCAUUUUGUCUCCGGGGUACAAUCAAAGAUGUUGGAAUUCUGUGUUCGUGCUCUUUCUGCAAGGGACGUAGAGUUAUUCCGCCUUCCCAAUUUGAGAUUCAUGCCAUCAAUCAAUACAGACGCGCAGCACAGUACAUUUGUUUUGAGAAUGGGAAGAGCCUGCUUGAUGUACUGAAUGCAUGCCGAGCUUCUCCUUUGGAUUCUCUAGAAGCAACAAUCCAAAAUGCCAUUAGUGGUUUGCCAAAAGAGAAAACUUUCACUUGUAAGAGAUGCAAAGGUACAUACCCUACAAUUUGUGUUGGCAAGAUAGGGCCUUUAUGCGAUUCAUGUGUAGAGUCAAAGGAAUCUAAUGGUAGCCCAGCCUGUGAAACUGGUAUAAAGGCUAGCUUAGCCGAGCCAGUUUUAUCUGUGGAGUCCUCUGGAAGUGCUUCUGUGUCUACCCUCUCUCAAGAUAAUACUCUAAGGAAGAUAACUAGAAAGUCAUCAAAACCAGAUUUAAACUCAAAGUUGUCAAGGAGUGCUCCAGUGCGCGUGUCUUCAAGGAAAAAGAGAGAAUUGAAAAUCAUAACAAAGUCGUCAGAACAAGAAAUCAUCUUAAAAUCCUCUAAAAAUGCUUCUCUGCAUCUUUUCUCACGGAAAAGGAGGCAAAAGAAGAUUACACUGAGGACAUCAAAACCAGCAACAGUAACAAAGUCCUUGAAAAUUGCAUCAGCAGGUGUCUCUUCACAAAAUAAGUGCCAGUGGAGAAUAACAACAAAAGAUCAGAGGUUGCAUAAAUUGGUUUUUGAGGAAGGUGGAUUGCCUGAUGGGACUGAAGUAGCAUACUAUGCUCGUGGGCAGAAAUUGCUUCUGGGUUACAAAAAGGGCUUUGGAAUACUUUGUUGUUGCUGCAACUGUGAGGUCAGCCCCUCAACGUUUGAAGCUCAUGCAGGGUGGGCUACUCGCAAAAAGCCGUAUGCUUAUAUUUACACUUCUAAUGGUGUGUCACUUCAUGAACUGGCAAUAUCACUAUCAAAAGGUCGCAAGUAUUCUGCUAAGGACAAUGAUGACCUGUGCAUCGUCUGUGCAGAUGGUGGGAGUCUUGUUCUGUGUGAUGGAUGCCCAAGGGCCUUCCAUAAAGGAUGUGCAUCUCUAUCAAGUAUUCCCCGCGGUAAAUGGUUUUGCCAAUUUUGCGAGAAUAUGUUCCAAAGGGAAAAGUUUGUAGAACAUAAUGUCAAUGCUGUUGCAGCUGGAAGAGUUUCUGGAGUUGAUCCUAUAGAACAGAUAACCAAGAGAUGCAUUCGUAUUGUCAAAAACAUAGAAGCAGAACUUAGUGGAUGUGUGCUAUGCAGAGGUUAUGAUUUUAGCAGAUCUGGAUUUGGUCCACGCACAAUUAUACUUUGUGAUCAGUGUGAGAAGGAAUUUCACGUGGGCUGUCUGAGGAGUCAUAAAAUGGCAAACCUAAAGGAAUUGCCAAAAGGGAAGUGGUUUUGUUGCCUGGAUUGUGGUAGGAUCCAUUCUACUUUGCAGAAGUUGCUAGUCCGGGAAUCUGAAAAACUCCCAAUCUCUCUUUUGAAUGUCAUAAAGAAGAAGAAUGAGGAGAAAGGUUUGGAAACCAUUAAUGAUAUUGAUGUGAGAUGGAGGCUUCUUAGUGGAAAAAUUGUUUCUCCUGAAACUAAAGUGUUACUUUCACAAGCUCUUACUAUCUUCCAAGAAUGUUUUGAUCCCAUAGUCGAUACAACUGGACGUGACCUCAUUCCUUUGAUGGUUUAUGGGAAGAAUUCUACGGGCCAAGAUUAUGGGGGAAUGUACUGUGCAGUACUAGUUGUCAACUCAUUUGUUGUAUCAGCUGGAAUACUUAGAAUUUUUGGGCAAGAAGUUGCUGAACUUCCUUUAGUUGCAACGAGUAAUGGAAACCAUGGGAAGGGCUAUUUCCAAUUAUUAUUCUCCUGCAUCGAGAAGUUGCUGGCUUUUUUAAACGUUCAGAGCCUUGUGCUCCCAGCUGCUGAAGAAGCAGAAUCUAUAUGGACUGAUAAAUUUGGUUUUCAAAAGAUAAAACCAGACCAGCUUAGCAAAUAUAGAAAAAGCUGCUGUCAGAUGGUGACCUUCAAAGGGACAUCUAUGCUGCAGAAAGUGGUUCCUGCUUGUAGAAUUGUUAAUCAAAAUACUGAGUCCGUAGGAGUAUUGUAAAAGAGUGGUACGAGCUAUUUUUUUUUGCUGUGGAAGGAAAGAAGCCUACUGUUUACAUUUAAAUUUUAUUUUUAUUUUUUCUAUUAUUAUUAUUUUUUGAAAA